AUGAGCAGUCAAGAAGAUCUCCCACCAUCCAUCUUCCCUGAAAUCACCCCAUUCUCAUUUACACAAGGGUCGUCUGCUCUGAGAAAAGCAAAAGCGGUCCAGAACUGUAGUGCUUGCCGACGGCGAAAGACAAAGUGUGAUCGACUCUGGCCAUGUACGCCAUGUAAAGACCGCGGCGAAGCCAACUUGUGCGAGCAGUAUAUCAAGGAGCCAAAUGACAAGCCAACGGGAUAUACACACGUCUUGGACACGUCGAUUCUCGCCAACCGCGUCGCGCAGCUCGAGGCCGUGAUCUCACGGCUCUUGAUACGUGUCGACUCUGUGGACGCGUACAACGACCUACUGAAUGAGUGGACGGAUCCAUUGCCAGCUUUCAAGCCAAAGGAGCAGGAGGAGCGCGAGGCAGCGGAACGGGAGAGGGCCGACAAGUUUGACACGGACAAGGAACGACCGGCCAAGCGACGGGAUUCCGAGGCAACAGAAAGAUCGCGGCAAGUGUCGGCUGGGCUCGCCGUGAAGAUGGCGCCGCCUGUGACACCAGCGAUGCUCAGUCUCACGCCACAGCGAUUCCCGGCGACCAACAUCAGCAUCGAUACUGGCAGCAGUGGGGUAGGGAUGGGCUCGACGAUCUCUCCCACCGCGUUCGGGCAGCAACAACAAGGGAUGGAGGGUAUAUCCAUGGACAUGAGUUACCUCGGCGCUGGGCCUGGGGAGGCCGGCCCGUCAAACUGGCUCGAGUUCGGGAACAAGCCAACCCCGCCAAUGACCCAGUUCUUCCGUGACGACCAUGGCGAAUACGAGCCGGCCAGCAAAGCACCAAGCGCACACGAGCACGAUGCCGCACUCGCACUCGAGGGCAUGGCUCUGGGCCGUGAACUGCUCUCCAACGCUAUCCGGGGAAGCGAACCACACAGUCGCGACGACAAUGACGAGCCCACACCAGGCUCGCCACUCACGUUCACGAGCUUUAUUCACCACAAGCGCAACUCCAAGCUCGAGGGCGAGCUCAAGAGCUUCCCUCAAGCCUCUCAACUCCCGUCCAUCAUCCUCGGCAAAUACAUCAUCAACCACUUUCUCGAGAACGUGGACUUUCGCUGGCGCUGUCUCCAUCGGCCAACGUUCGAAGCACAAUACGCGGCACUCUCAAACAGGUUGAGAUCCAAGAGCGUCGAGUUUUAUCGAGAUGAGCUCAACUCGCUGGCUCUAUACGCGUCGUGCCUGGCCGUCGGUAUCCAUUUCCUCGACGAGGACGGGUAUCGCGACCUUAACCUCAACGAGGAGCAAGCGGAGGACCUCGCCGCCAAGUGCUGGGACUUGUCGUACGCCGCGCUCGAGGCCAGUGACUGGAUGCAGGUGCACGACAUACGCUCCUGCCAGGCCAUCAUCAUCGCCGGAAUCUACCUCUCAAGUGCGCGUCGCGCUAACCAGCACUGGACACUGUUAGGAAGCGUGACUAAGAUCGCGAUGGCGCUCGGCCUCGCGAGCGUGCCCGACGAGAACAAGAUCAUCAGCGGCCAAGUCAAGCGCAUUCCCGCCCGCUGGCGCAACACCAUCGACCGCGAAGUCGCGCGCCGCGUGUGGUACUGCCUUCUGGAGCUCGACCAACUGUUUGCGAUCGAGUACGGUUUUCUGUACCUCAUCUCUCCGGAGAUCAGCCAGACAACCGAGCCAGCCAACGUCAACGACGCGGAUAUCAAGCCCGAUCAGCCGGUGCACUCGCUCCCACGAGACACCUACACCGACAUGUCGUACUUCCUGCAACGACUGCAGCUCUUCUACCCGUUCCAGGGGGUUGUGCAGAACGCGAGACGUGCCGGCCGCAUGCGUUACAACUUUGUCGUUGAGGCGAAUGAGGAGCUGCAGCGCGCGAUUGCGAACACGCCGCCGUUCUUCCGCGAGAAUGACACUGGCACAGAGCAUGUCGUUGACGCGGGGCAACUGUACAAGCUCAAACGUGAGAGCAUCGCUCUGAGCGAGGGCGCGGACCUUCGCCUGAUGCGGUUGCACCGGUACUACUUCUCCGAGGCGUGCCAUAACCCACGAUACCUCCUCUCCAAGCAGACAUGUCUGCAAUGCGCGCGUCGCAUCCUAAACGAGCGCACGCCCCGCCUUACAAAUGUGCACUACUGGGGCCACACAUACUGCAUCUUCGCAGCGACAAUGGUUGUCAUCAUCUACCUGUCGUACGCCCUUCCUCAGGAGCUCGAGGAGACCAAGGCUCAAGCCGAGAGUGGCAUUGCACAGCUCCGAUCGCUUUCACGGAAACGCCGCACCGACCUGGGCGAGAGCGCCGACGUCCUCACUUCGCUGAUGAACGUACAGCUCGAGCGGCGUGUCGACGCGCCGAGCUCGGAACUGAAGCGUAACUUUUCCGAGGUCGACGCGAGCGAGUGGGAGGGUUGGCUCCCGCCCGACCUGGUCGCGCUCGCUCGCAUGAACCCCGGGUUCCUUGAGGUGCCGACGGAUCCCGACGCGAUGCAGACUGGGACUGGAGACGCGGGGCUUGUGUUUGAUAACAUACUCGAAGAUUUAAGCUUCAACCAUUCCAACUUUAUCCUCAUCGUCCCACCACCAGACGUCGAGUCGCUCCAACUGCCUCCGGCUCACAUCCUGGCACAUUUGACCGACGCGCACUGCCAUCCAACAGACAUAGAACACCCCGACGCAACGUACGUGGCCGUGCCGCUCGGCGGCCUCGCGGCGAUGGCAACAAACGACGACCAGGAUGCGGUCAAGGCGCUGGCGGAGACUCGAGGCUGGCCAUCAGACUCCACAUCCUCGCCAAUACCGGGGCCUAAAGUCAUAGCGUGUUUUGGCCACCACCCGUGGUUUGUGCAUCGCUUCAGCCUCGGCCCACCGCCUUCAAAGGAGGAACACUACCGCGUCGUCUUCUCUCCCAAACCCUCCCAAGAAGCCUUAUUCGCCAACCUCCUCCACCACCUUCCUGAGCCUGAGGACUUUGCUCCACACCUGGAGCGCAUGCGCGUAAACCUCACAGCGGCGCGCGACGCAGGUCGCCUCGCACUCGUCGGCGAGAUUGGACUCGACGCAACCUGUCGUGUACGGAUACAUCGUGGCGCCAAGGACACCUUCCUCUCGCCCUUCAAAACAGCCAUGACCCACCAACACGAGAUUGCGCGCACCCAACUCUCUCUCGCGGACGAGCUCGGCCUCCCGGUCAGUUGGCACUGUGUGGCCGCAAGCGGGGCGACACUCGAUCUCUUCCGCGACUCGUUCCCCCGUGUCCGCGUCGACAUCCACAGUUUAGGCGGUAUGGCGCCCGAGUUCCUACGCACCAUGGCAAAGUGCUGCCCACAAGUGUACUUUUCUCCUUCGCUCCUCAUCACCGCACGUGGCGGGGUCGGCGCCCCCGCCGUCCGCGCCCUCCCAAGGGACCGCGUGCUGGUCGAGAGUGACACACACGAUCUGACGCGCUGCACCAGCCUCGUGUGGGGCGCAGUCCAAUGGAUUGCCGAGUGCCGGGGCUGGCGGUUGGAGGAGGGUGAAGAAGAAUGGGAGAUGGAGGACGAGGACGAGUUGUUUGAUGACAAGGGAAGGUUGAGGGAGCCGCGCGCGGAUGAGGUGUGGGCUGUGAGGACGAUUGAACGGAACUGGGCGCGGUUCAUGGGCAUUGUCGAUUAUUAG